AUGUCCAAGCGGCAGCAGAAGAAGCAGGUGCUGCGAGACGCCAGGCUUGAACGUAAAGGCCACAAGAAGCUUCAGAAGCAGGUUGAUGCAUUGGGAGCCGCCCUUGCUGCAUUGGACAGAUGUCUCACAGAACAUCUGGGACACGAGAGAACAACAAGGGAAGCUCUGCUUGAAGCAUUCGGAGAAACUCGCUGUGGCUACCAGCAACUUCCGCUUGCACAUGGGCCAUGUCUUGCCAAAGGCUUGAGUCUGCUAGGCUCCUGCCUUCUCCGGCCACAGCGCUACAACGCUAAGUUUCUUCCGCAAGAGUAUUCAUUAUUGCAUAAGAUCUGGACACUGUUCCGCGGCAACGUGGCAAAUGCAGGUGUGCUUGACAUUGGAGCGGGCAACGCGAACUGUGCUGUUCUGGCUGCGGCGCUCCUUGGGCUGACAGUGAUAUGCGUGGAGCGCGAGUCUCCCAGGAAGGAGCUGAGGGCUGAGGAGCAGCUCCCAGAAGUUCUAAAAAGCCGUGUAAUUCGAAUUGAGGCAGACAUCGCUGACUUUGAUGGGGAUUGUUUAGCACGUCUUGCGCGUCAGGCUGGCUUGGAAAGGUUUGUGCUGGUUGCGAAACACCCUUGCGGCAUUUGUGUGGAUCGGUCAAUCGACUGUGCGGUACAGCUGCGGCGGCCUGCAGGUUCAUCAGCCGGCCCCUGCUUGAUCGGCGUUGUGAUUGCAACGUGCUGCACAAACAAGCUGAGUCUGGAUGACUUUCGAGUUUCUCGGGUGGAGGAGUUCUGUAAUCUGAACGCUGACGGCCUACCCUCAAAGACGGAUGCUUUGGUAAAAGCAGUUGAGGUCAUGAGCAAGUGCAGUGCUUGGCGCAGCGCCUCGGGCAGCCUAGGGAAUGCGAUUACGAGCGAGCAGGUAUCGUGGGCAGAGCUGUUCGAAGAUCACUUGCAAACCUUACGGCUUAAGAGGUUAUCGACUGCUUUUGGAACUUCUUUGGAGGUGCGUUUUGCACCUCGAGAAUGCACGCUGCAAGACAGGUGCCUUUUGGCCACAGAGUCCCCUUUGCCAGAGACCAUCUGCGCCGACCAUUCCUCGGAUCCAGUUUUUCUUGACCGUCUGGAAAAUGGAGUCAAGGAGCUUUUCAAAGAGGCAGGUGGUCCUUUGGACUGCAGGCCCAAGGGGCUCAAGUCUGCAAAGUACGAUUUUGAUUACACGGCUGAUUGA